GCCCCCGCGCGCCCGGCCGUCCCGGAGCACCGAGCUCGCAGCGCGGUAGGAGCCCGAGAUGGUGGCUGCAAUUUGGGAGACCUUGGCCAGGUUCUCCUCUGCAGAGGGAGCUCCUUGGCAGACCGCCGCAGACCCCACUCUCAUGCUGCACUGACAAGCGAUGGGCCCGGAGCUUGCGAUGAAUGUUCGUGUGAGUCUGGCUCCUCAGAGCACGGGGGCCACCUCUGCAGUCCUGCCAGGAGCUGCAGGGAAGAGCUCCUGUUAGUGUCCUUGGCCACAGGACAGAAGGACCAACCACAGGCCAGGCCAAGCCCCCGAGUGCCCACAGCAUGAAGGAGGAGGCCUUCCUCCGGCGCCGCUUCUCCCUGUGUCCGCCGUCUUCCACCCCUCAGAAAGUCGACCCCCGGAAGCUCACCCGGAACCUGCUCCUCGGCGGAGACAAUGAGCUCUACCCACUCAGCCCAGGGAAGGACAUGGAGCCCAACGGCCCACCGCUUCCCAGGGAUGAAGGACCACAGACCCCAAGCUCUGCCACGAAGGUGCCACCGGCCGAGUACAGGCUGUGCAACGGGUCAGACAAGGAGUGUGUGUCUCCUACCGCCAGGGUCACCAAGAAGGAGACUCUCAAGGUGCAGAAGGAGAACUACCGGCAGGAGAAGAAGCGUGCCACGCGGCAGCUGCUCAGCGCUCUGACAGACCCCAGCGUGGUCAUCAUGGCUGACAGCCUGAAGAUCCGUGGCACCCUGAAGAGCUGGACCAAGCUGUGGUGCGUGCUGAAGCCGGGGGUACUGCUCAUCUACAAGACGCCCAAGGUGGGCCAGUGGGUGGGCACGGUGCUGCUGCACUGCUGCGAGCUCAUCGAGCGGCCCUCCAAGAAGGACGGCUUCUGCUUCAAGCUCUUCCACCCGCUGGAUCAGUCCGUCUGGGCUGUGAAGGGCCCCAAAGGCGAGAGCGUGGGCUCCAUCACACAGCCCCUGCCCAGCAGCUACCUGAUCUUCAGGGCCGCCUCUGAGUCCGAUGGUCGCUGCUGGCUGGACGCCCUGGAGCUGGCCCUGCGCUGCUCUAGCCUGCUGAGACUGGGCACCUGUAAGCCGGGCCGAGACGGGGAGCCAGGGACCUCGCCAGACGCAUCACCCUCAUCACUCUGCGGGCUGCCAACCUCAGCCACCAUCCACCCAGACCAAGACCUGUUCCCGCUGAAUGGGUCUUCCCUGGAGAACGACGCGUUCUCAGACAAGUCGGAGAGAGAGAACCCCGAGGAGUCAGAUACCGAGACCCAGGACCAUAGCCGGAAGACGGAGAGUGGCAGCGACCAGUCAGAGACCCCUGGGGUCCCGGCGCGGAGAGGGACCACGUAUGUGGAGCAGGUCCAGGAGGAGCUGGGGGAGGGCCUGAGUGCAGCCUGUCUGCCGCAGCUGGGCGAGGCGUCCCAGGUGGAGACGGUGUCAGAGGAGAACAAGAGUCUGAUAUGGACCCUGCUGAAGCAGUUGCGGCCGGGCAUGGACCUGUCCCGUGUGGUGCUGCCCACGUUCGUACUGGAGCCGCGUUCCUUCCUGAACAAGCUCUCCGACUACUACUACCACGCAGACCUGCUCUCCAGGGCUGCGGUGGAGGAGGAUGCCUACAGCCGCAUGAAGCUGGUGCUGCGGUGGUACCUGUCUGGCUUCUACAAGAAGCCCAAGGGAAUCAAGAAGCCGUACAACCCCAUCCUGGGGGAGACCUUCCGCUGCUGCUGGUUCCACCCCCAGACUGACAGCCAUACGUUCUACAUAGCAGAGCAGGUGUCCCACCACCCUCCCGUGUCUGCCUUCCACGUCAGCAACCGGAAGGACGGCUUCUGCAUCAGUGGCAGCAUCACAGCCAAGUCCAGGUUCUAUGGGAAUUCGCUGUCGGCACUGCUGGACGGCAAAGCCACUCUCACCUUCCUGAACCGAGCCGAGGAUUACACCCUCACCAUGCCCUACGCCCACUGCAAAGGAAUCCUGUAUGGCACGAUGACCAUGGAGCUGGGUGGGAAGGUCACCAUCGAGUGUGCGAAGAACAACCUCCAGGCCGAGCUGGAAUUCAAACUGAAGCCCUUCUUCGGGGGUAGCACCAGCAUCAACCAGAUCUCGGGAAAGAUCACGUCGGGAGAGGAGGUCCUGGCGAGCCUCAGUGGCCACUGGGACAGGGACGUGUUUAUCAAGGAGGAAGGGAGUGGAAGCACUGCGCUUUUCUGGACCCCGAGCGAGGAGGUCCGCAGACAGAGGCUGAGGCAGCACACGGUGCCGCUGGAGGAGCAGACGGAGCUGGAGUCUGAGAGGCUCUGGCAGCACGUCACCAGGGCCAUCAGCAAGGGCGACCAGCACAGGGCCACACAGGAGAAGUUUGCACUGGAGGAGGCACAGCGGCGGCGGGCCCGAGAGCGGCAGGAGAGCCUCACGCCCUGGAAGCCGCAGCUGUUCCACCUGGACCCCAUCACCCAGGAGUGGCACUACCGAUACGAGGACCACAGCCCCUGGGACCCCCUGAAGGACAUCGCCCAGUUUGAGCAAGAUGGGAUCCUGCGGACCCUGCAGCAGGAGGCCGUGGCCCGCCAGACCACCUUCCUGGGCAGCCCAGGGCCCAGGCAUGAGAGGUCUGGCCCAGAGCAGCGGCUUCGGAAGGCCAGCGACCAGCCCUCUGGCCACAGCCAGGCCACGGAGAGCAGCGGAUCCACACCUGAGUCCUGCCCAGAGCUCUCGGACGAGGAGCAGGAUGGUGACUUUAUCCCUGGCGGUGAGAGCCCAUGCCCUCGGUGCAGGAAGGAGGCGCGGCGGCUGCAGGCCCUGCACGAGGCCAUCCUCUCCAUCCGAGAGGCCCAGCAGGAGCUGCACAGGCACCUUUCCGCCAUGCUGAGCUCCACGGCACGGGCGGCACAGGCACCGACCCCAGGCCUCCUGCAGAGCCCCCGAUCCUGGUUCCUGCUCUGCGUGUUCCUGGCGUGUCAGCUGUUCAUUAACCACAUCCUCAAAUAGGAGCACCGGGGGCAGAGCUCCUGGCCAGCCCCAAGCCCUCCCUCCCAGGCACCCAGCACUUUAAGCCUGCUCCGUGGAGGCAGAGAGGCCUGGCAAGCACAGCCACUGUGACGGGGAGUCCAGGCGCAGGAGGGACCCGGGGCCACAAGGGCGCUGCAGGCCCAGGUGUGCUAGGCCCCUCUCGGGGGGCACCGGCCUCUCCGCAGGGCCUUCUGCCCAGCGCCGGCCUUAAUGCUAAAGCCAAAUGCAGCUUCUGCUGUGCAACACACUCCUGGCCAUCUUGCUGUGUCACCCCCUGUCCAGCCUCCACUUGCCAUGGGGGAUGGAUGGAUUUAGGGUGGGAGGGCCUGCCAGGGCCCUGGACAGUCACAUCCCAGCAGCAGUGAGUGGGUAGGUUUGGAGGAGCAGCCAGGGAGCCCCGAGUGGCCCAGGAGUCCCCCCACACACAUGGACGCAUAGGCCUGCCUUCCUGAGACCCUGUCCACGUUACCUGGGACACCCUGGUGGGGCUACUGGUGGGUGCCAGGGACAGGUUAGUGCCACUCUGGGGAGGGCAUUUUGGUUUUUUAUUCCACCAUGUGCAGUUUGGAUGGGGCCCCACAGAGGCAGGUCCUGGAACCACCCACCCCUACACCUGGACACUCGCUCUGGUGGGGGCAUGCACAGGUGGAGGUGGUUGUGGGUGCAAGUGUGUGCAGGGGUGUGGGGGGCACAGGGCUGUGGCCUAGCUGGCCCCGCACCUGGGCCGGGGAGGCUCAAGUUCGCCACUUUACUCAGACCGAUGCACAGUCUUCCCAUUUUACACUUUUUUAAUAAACAUAAUUGCAAUAUUUUAGGCAGGCUGCAGGCCGCAGUCAGCCUUCGCGUCUGGCCUCAGUCCCCGUGUCAGUGCCGCUCUGCGUGUGCGUGUGCGUGUGUGAGCCUCUACACAUAUAUAUACAUACAGAGCCUUAAACUACAUCGUGGCGGCGCCGUCUGAGCUGCAGCGGAUGGUUUGUUUCCAGUUUUUGUACCCAUGUCCUUGUCUCCCUUCCUCCCCCAUCUGGGGAUGUGUCUGUGCUCCAUACCUUGAAAUAAACAGACACAUGUGUGUUC